AUGGGGAAAAUAAAGCAAAAAGCGUCUCAACAUAUCGAUUUCGAAAGUGAUAAUGAGGAGUUACAAGAUGAAAUUCAAAAGUUUCAUAAUGACAGAACGGCCAUUGAUCCUUCUGUGUAUCGUCGUACCAAGAAGAAAGAGGUGCGAGAAGUUCUAAAUGUAGAAGGCGACACAUCCGGGGAGGACUAUGAUGGCCCCGCUGAUGAUGAUGAUUUUGGUGAAGAAGUACAAGUGAACAAAUGGGGGGAGAAAAGAAGACAAUAUUACGGAACAGGCUUUGUUGAUGAUGAUUAUGGAGGAAUGAGAGAAGAGGAGAUAGAAGAAGCAGAAUUAGAAGAAGACGAUGCUGUUGAACGCCAAAAGUACUUCGAUAAAAUUGCGGCUUCCGUAGCAGAUAUUAUGGGUGAUGACGGCGAAGACGAUAACCAGAAGGAAGAGAAAAGCAGAGUCGAGCUGGCGGACUCCUGGACUUUGAAGUCGGCAAAGAAGUGCAACAAAAAUUAUAAAACUUUAUUAACGGAGUAUAGUCAAAGAGCAGAACUAAUGUCAGUCAUAGUUCAACCUCUCGCAAAAAUUGUUCAAAAACUACCACCAGACUCGGUAUUAGCAAAACAAAUAACACUUUCAGUAGAAGUAUAUGCAAAUUAUAUUAUGACCAUGUUGUUAGUUUUAAAACAAAAGAGUAACUCCUUCGCUCUAAAAAAACUGAAUGAUGAUUCUACUGACUCUCAUCCGGCUCUAGGAAAACUGACCAAAUUGAAAACUAUGAUCUCAGAAGUUGAUUCUUUCUUAGAACAAAAUUCAGAGGCUCUCCAAAAACUACAAACUGCUAAUUCAGCGGAGGAUGUUACCAAGUUGCUCACGGACUUGAAAGUUCAUGUUCCUGUCAAAAAACAAAAGAAAGUUCAACUUUCUUCUGUGGAAGGAGAGAUUGCCCCAGAUGGCGAAGUUGGUGAGGAUGGUGAAGAGCUUGAUGAGAAUGGAGAAAAGAGACCUGCUCUUAAAUUUAUUGCGAAGAACAGUGAUCAAAUCAAAAGACGCAAGAAGAAAAAUAAAAUUGCUAAGACCGCUAAUAGGAGGAGGUUCCACAAGAUCACUGGAAAAGUUCGUUCUCAAGUUGGAGUUAUCAGGAAAGAGACUUCCAAAUAUCAAGGAGAAGCUCGUGGUAUCAAGAAAGGUCUUGUUCGAUCCACAAAACUUGUUGCUUAA